AGGAUGACAGGGCCUGAAGAGAGGAGUAUUCCACUGGCGCCGGGGUACGAGCAGUACUCCCGAUCCCUGCUGGAGGUACCCUACACCCCCACCGAGUACGGCGAGGCCUCAUCGGAUGACCUGUCUUCGGAGUGGGAUUCUGACGUUCCCGAGUCCAAGCUCAAGCCAUCUGGAUGGAGAAAAUUGAGAAAUAUCGUUCAGUGGACGCCCUUCUUCCAAACAUACAAAAAGCAGCGCUACCCUUGGGUGCAACUUGCCGGGCAUCAAGGAAACUUCAAAGCGGGCCCAGAGCCGGGUACGAUCCUGAAGAAGUUGUGUCCUAAGGAGCAGCUCUGCUUCCAGAUCCUUAUGAAGGACAUCCUGAGGCCCUAUGUCCCGGAGUACAAGGGUCAUGUUACCUGUGAGGACGGAGACGGCACGUCGAUGUACUUGCAGCUGCAGGAUCUUCUCGGGGACUUUACCAAUCCCUGUGUGAUGGACUGCAAGAUAGGAGUCCGGACGUAUCUGGAAGAGGAGUUGGCCAAAGCGAAAGAGAAACCUAAACUGCGGAAGGAUAUGUAUGAAAAGAUGAUACAAAUUGACUACAAUGCCCCAACAGAAGAGGAACACAGGCUGAAGGGUGUUACAAAGCCCAGGUAUAUGGUAUGGCGGGAAACAAUCUCCUCCACUGCUACGCUUGGCUUCAGAAUAGAAGGAAUCAAAAAAAGUGACGGGAGGUCUAGCAAGGACUUCAAAACAACUCGAACUCAAGCUCAAAUUAAAGAAGCUUUCCGGGAUUUCACUGCUGGAUUCCCCCAUGCUGUGCCAAAGUAUAUUCAAAGAUUAAAAGCUAUCAAAGCAACAUUAGAAGUUUCCCAUUUUUUCCACACACAUGAGAUGAUUGGAAGCUCAUUGCUGUUUGUCCAUGACGAGAAAGCCGCAAGUGUUUGGCUGAUUGAUUUUGCCAAGACGUUGGUCCUUCCACCAAAGGUGACCAUUGACCAUGCAUCCACCUGGGUUGUUGGAAACCACGAAGACGGGUACCUGAUUGGUAUUAACAAUCUUAUUAACAUUUUUUCUGAAAUGGCUCUUGAAGACCAGCAGCAGCCACCACCACAGCAUACACAAACUACUCUUGUAGUAACGGGACCUGAAGAAUCUAUUCCACAAGAAGCAACAAGUUGUGAAGGUGAAACAUUUCGGCUAGAAACAGAAAACCAGCCAAAUGUUACUUGAAAUACUGAAAUAUGAAUUAUUUCGGAAUUUGGUACAAAAAGACUGCAUCGGAAACAUAUUGUUAGAUCAAAGACCUAUGCUAUCAAUGCAAUUUGUUCAAAACUUUUGUUGUACCCUUGAAACAUUUGUAAUACAAAUAUUUGCUUUAAUGGAGUACUCUAGUAAACGAGCACUUGUACAGACCAUAGUCAUCAUAUAUAUGCACAUGUAUAUAUGGUUUACUCAUAAUUUAUUUAAUUGUACAUAUCAAUUUUAUAUAUAUAUAUUUGCAGAUAAAAUAUAUAAACUAGUAAUGCAUUGUGUAUUGCUAAUAAAACUUGUAAUUUGUGGCUACAUUAUUUAUCCUAUCCAGUCGUUGUUUAUAUUUUAAAAUCAUCCUAAAUUGUUCAUCAAAAUGGACUAAAUUCAUAUUUCGUUUGAAUGGAUUCUGUGUAACAUAUUUGUAAAAUAAUAUGGAAGAUAAAAAUCAUUCCCAUUUUGAUAUCGUAAAGUAUCCUUUUGUAUUUGUUAAUUAUUAUAAAAACGGAGCCAAGAUUAUUAUUAAGGCUAUAUUUUUCCAGUGAAGAAAGUUUGUUAUGAUCAUUAAUUUUAUAAAGCAAUGUCCAUAUAAUUUCAGUACACAUUUUGUUAAAUUGGCUAUCACAAUUUGUUUUUAUACAUUAUACACUAUAUUUUGUAUUAAAUAAAUCUGUAUUACCUAUAAUGUUUUUUUAAAUUUCAGUUUUUCCUUUCAUUAAG